CAGGCUCAGAGGGCGUUCGGUUCUUCGGCAUGUCUUCUGCUGUGUCGUCUGAUGCUGUCGGACGCUUGACUAGCUGCAGUCCCUAUCUUCCUCAUGAGUGUGACGGAAACUCGUAUCUGAACGGCGUCUGCUACCAGUUCAACAGCAGAUUACAGGCCGUCUCAAACUUCACCGCCGCUUACCAAGAAUGCACGAAGAGAGAAGUCAAUCUGGUGUUUCUCUUUGACGGAUCCAGCAGUAUGAAACCACACGAGUUUAAAUUGAACAAGGAAUUCAUUAAACAUGUUAUGAGCAAGCUUUCAAACUCAUCCAUAAAGUUUGCUGCCGUCCAGUUUUCAACUACAUUCACAACUGUGUUUGACUUCAACGACUAUCAGGACGGCUCCGCUGAACACAAACUCAUGCAAGAGAAACGCAUAAAAACUCUCACAAACACACACGGAGCAAUCAACUAUGUUUUAAAGAAUCUCCUGAAUAACGUGUCGUCUGGAGCCGAUCUCAGCGCUCAGAAAGCCCUGGUGAUCAUCACAGAUGGAGACCCUAGUGAUAAUGAUGAGGAAAAUGUCCUCAACAGAUGCAAUGAGCAAAAUAUCCUCCGCUUCAUCAUUGGGGUGGGACAUGUUGACUUAAACACACUCAGGGAGCUGGCUUCAGAACCAAGGAUAAACAACACCUUCUACAUUCAAGACUACAGUGGACUCAAAGGACUUCUUGACAAUCUGCAAAUAAAGAUCUACAACAUUGAAAGGUCAAAGGACGCACACAGCAUAUACAGACCGAAAGAGUUAUCACAGAGUGGAUUCAGUGUCCUCUACCACAAGGGCUCGCUGGUCCCCACAGGACCUGUUACCGUACCAGACAGAUAUGGCUCCAGUCAGUAUGCUCUGUACAGCAGCAUAGUAGAAGGAAAUCAGGACCGUUGGGAGACCUUAAAUCUCCUGAGCUGUCUGAGGUGA